AUGGCGCGGUGGCUGGGCGCGUCGGCGUCGCGGCCGCGAAACGUGCGAGGCGUCGACGGGUCGCGCGACGCGACGUACAGAGCGGCGUACGCGCCGUAUUGGGUGUUCGACGUCUCCGCUGAGGUUGAUGCGGUGGGCUCGGUGUGUGUAGAGGGGAAUUGGGUGCGGAGCGGGACGGGGGCGAGGGUGGAGCGGUUCGGCGUCGCGCACGAGGCGAGUCAGAUUUGCGCGAGUUUCGCUCGUCGGCGGGACCUCGUGGACGUCUUGAGACCCGGGGCGAGCGUGAACUUGGACGAGGGGAUGUCUUAUGAGACGUUUCGGGAUCGAGUGCCGACCGGAGUUGAGAUUGAGCCGUUUGAGAUGCACAGAAGCAUGGCGUUGUCGUUGGCUACCGGUCGAAUGCGAGACCACGUGCGAGAGGCGGCGAAGAAGACGUUGACAGAGAAGCAUCCCGGAUCGACCGCGGCGACGGACGUCGUCGUCGAUUUCGCGACGUUGAAUAGGAAACUUUACGCGGUGUAUCACCCGGUAUGGUACGUCAGCUUUGCGCACGGAUCGGUUGUCGACGACGAGACGAAUAAAAUUAUUUGUCAGCCGCGCGAAGCAAUCGUGUGCGGCGUCACGGGCGUUGUGGUGAGUGAAGAUUUGAUAUGCGAUAACAAGGCGCGGGCACUCGCUUUCGGUGCGUUUGCGAUUCCGGCCGCCUGUGCGGCGUACUUGAUGCCCGAUAGUGCGUUCAUCAUUCUCGCCCAGGGCGCCGUGGCGUCCGCUGUCGCUGUCUCGGGCGCCGGCGUCGUCGUGCGACAGGUGCCAAAGUUGCGACAGGACGAGGUGGACAGCGAACGCAUCCGAGACGAAGACCGAGCGUGCUCUCGAGCGAAUAGAGCGUCUGGUGGCGCUGGUUGGAUGGAUGAGAGCGUGCAGCGAAGCAGAGACGACGCUGAGUGGAGACGAUGGAAGGAGACGGACAAGGCGCAAUGGAUCGGAGAAAAGCGCCGAGCGUGGGCGUACAACAUCCUCGAAGGACAGGUUUUCCGAUUCCGCGAGCGACAAGAGUUGAGACACGAGAUGGAAGAACGCGCAGCGCGCGAAGAUGACGCUGCGAGACGUGCGGCCGAGAAGAGGCGCCGAUACGGGGACAUUGACGAAGACGAGGACGCGCAUAGAGCGCCCUCUGGUCGACAUCCGGGCUUCUCUCGCGACGUCCACGGCUUUUACAAGAUUCUGCGUCUCGACGGUCGACUCGGACUCGCUACGGAGUUAGAGAUCAAGGCUGCUUUCCGUACGGUCGCACUGGAGACGCACCCAGAUAAGGUUGAUGGCGACGAACGCGCCAAGCGCCGCGCCGCCGAGCGCUUCCAUCUCGCCCAAAAGGCGUACGCCACGCUCGGGAACAAGAACACUCGAUCGGCGUACGACCGCAAGUGA